GCCGCGCUGCCAUGGCUCCGAGGCGGCGCCGGGGCCUGGCCGCGGCGGGCUCCCUCCUGCCGCUGCUCUGCGCCCUGCUCCGCGCCGCCGCCGACACCAGCACCGGGCGGGGCUGGUUAAAAACUUAUGGCUACUUACUUCCAUCUGAGAGCCAAAUGUCAGCCGUGCAGUCAGGAAAAGCCGUGCAGUCUGCGGUUGCCUCUAUGCAGCAGUUUUAUGGGAUCCCAGUUACAGGAGUUUUGGACCAGACAACUAUUGAGUGGAUGAAGAAGCCUCGGUGUGGAGUUCCAGAUCAUCCCCACCUCCGCCGCAGCCGGAGGAAAAAGCGGUAUGCACUGACAGGCCAGAAGUGGAGGCAGAAGCAUAUAACCUACAGUGUACACAACUAUACCCCCAAGGUUGGAGAGAUUGAUACGAGGAGAGCCAUUCGUCAGGCAUUUGAUGUUUGGCAGAGAGUGACACCACUUACCUUUGAAGAGGUCCCUUACCAUGAAAUUAAAAAUGACAGAAAGGAGGCCGAUAUUAUGAUAUUUUUUGCUUCUGGUUUCCAUGGAGACAGCUCUCCCUUUGAUGGAGAAGGUGGAUUCCUAGCUCACGCUUACUUUCCUGGACCAGGAAUAGGAGGAGACACUCACUUCGAUUCAGAUGAGCCAUGGACCCUGGGAAACUCUAAUCAUGAUGGGAAUGAUCUCUUCCUGGUUGCAGUCCAUGAGCUGGGACAUGCUCUGGGCCUGGAGCACUCCAAUGACCCCAGUGCUAUCAUGGCUCCUUUCUACCAGUACAUGGAAACACAUAACUUCAAACUGCCCCAGGAUGACCUCCAGGGAAUCCAGAAAAUUUAUGGUCCUCCUGUUGAGCCCCUGGAGCCAACCAGGCCUUUACCAACUCUUCCUGUUCGCAGAAUUCACUCCACUUCGGAGCGGAAACACGAGAGGCAGCCCAGGCCCCCAGGUCCUCCUCUGGGUGACAGACCAUCCCCUCCUGGCAUGAAACCCAACAUCUGUGAUGGCAACUUUAACACCGUGGCUCUCUUUAGAGGAGAAAUGUUUGUUUUCAAGGAUCGUUGGUUCUGGAGGCUGCGGAACAGCCGGGUGCAGGAGGGGUACCCCAUGCAGAUUGAGCAGUUCUGGAAGGGCCUCCCCGCAAAGAUCGACGCCGCCUACGAGCGCUCCGAUGGGAAAUUCGUUUUCUUCAAAGGAGAUAAAUACUGGGUUUUUAAGGAGGUGACAGCAGAGCCAGGGUACCCACACAGCCUGGUGGAGCUGGGGAGCUGCCUGCCCCGGGAGGGCAUCGACACGGCGCUGCGCUGGGAGCCUGUGGGCAAAACUUACUUCUUCAAAGGUGACAGGUACUGGAGGUACAACGAGGACAAGAGAGCCACAGACCCAGGCUACCCCAAGCCCAUCACCGUGUGGAGAGGGAUCCCUCAGGCUCCCCAGGGAGCGUUCAUCAGCAAGGAGGGCUUUUACACCUACUUCUACAAGGGGAAGGAGUACUGGAAGUUUGAUAACCAGAGGCUGAGCGUGGAGCCAGGCUACCCCAGGUCAAUCCUCAAGGACUGGAUGGGCUGUAACCAGAAGGAUGUUGAACGAAGCAAAGACCGACGCCUGCCCCACGACGACGUGGACAUCAUGGUGACAAUCAAUGAUGUGCCCAGCACUGUGAAUGCCAUCGCUGUGGUCAUCCCCUGCAUUCUGUCCCUCUGUAUCCUCGUCUUGGUAUACACCAUCUUCCAGUUUAAAAACAAAGAGGUGCAGCAAAAUGUUGUGUAUUACAAAAGACCUGUGCAGGAGUGGGUAUGACAGAGCCCGCUGCACCGUGCCACUCAUUGGUCUGAUGAGGACAAUGGACAGGAAAAAAAGAAAAGGAAAAAAAAAAAAAGAAGGAAAAAAAUAAAAAGGAAAAUAGAAAAUAACAUUCAGAAGCCUAGCAAACGAAACUACUUCAGCAACCUACUCGUUUUGGACAGCCUGGGACUGAAAGAAGCAGGAAAACUGGAAAAAAAUACAGGCAGCCUUGCAGUGUGGAGCCUCUUCCCUUGGUACUGCCCGAGUGGCAGUGCCAGUCCUGGAGUGCCACAGGCUCACAGCCAACAGCAGAGUUCUCAAAACAGGUGUCAACUGACCUGGGAAACCUCCUUCAGUUCCCUGCACCAGUGCUCCCUGUUAAACCCAGCAUUCUCCAGUGUAGCUAAAAAUCACCUCUGAACAGAACCAUUUUUUUAAUAGCUGUCUCAUAAAUGAAUUAAGAUCAUGAAACCUAUGAACAGGAACAAUUCAGUGUCUUAAGCAGAAGACAUUCUGAUGCUGAACCAUUCUAAAAGAUCUUCUUAGUUUAUUACAAAAUCCAGGGAAUGACCUGGAUACAAUUUUCCAAUACCUGCUGGUCAGAUGUUUUGUACAUUCAUAACAAACCCACGCUGCCACUCAGCACAGUGCAUGAGGAACCCCAGCACCCUCCAAGAGGUCGAGCAGUGCAGAGCAGGAGCUCGAGAAGCACCAAACCAGACACCAGAAUUUACCUGGCAACAUCAAGCCCUAGACUGGGACAAUCUGAAGACAAAAUAAUUGGGUCUAAAAAAACCAAAAACAAAAAAAAAAAAAAAUCAACCCAAUCAACCAAUCAUGAAAAUACACAUUUUUGUUUUGGGAGCCAUUCAUGAAAGAAAUAUUUAAAUGUCACAUGAUGGUGUUUUAAGCUCCCAUCAGUGAGAAACAAUGAACCAAUGGUUACUGAGAUCCUGAAAAACAUGUACAGAUGUAGACUGCACUCUGCCCCUGAUAAGAUGCUGGGAAAAGAUGAAUUGUUGUUACGUGGCAUGUGUAACUAGGUUGUGGAAUUUGUAUGUUGGGUUUUGGGAGAAUGGAAAUGUUUGUUUGGAGUGCGAUCAUGGUUAUAUUUUGCUGAAAUAAUCAAGGUACAAUAAGAAUUAGGCCUGUUUGUAAAACUAAAUCCAGUCCCUGUAGA